UAGGUUCUGGGUAACAGGAAGUAAACAAACACACGUUGAAGAUGAAUGUAACACAGACGACUCAAACCUCAGGCCAAAGUAAAUUACAAAAGGACGAUAUUUUAAGAAUUUUUCAUGUUUCUUAUUUCGCUAUGAGUCGUCUGGCUUCAUUUCCCUGGACUUUUCUAGAGGAAGAGCUUCACAGCAGCAAGUCAUCAGAAUUUAUUUUAGACAUUUUGAAGCAGACAUGCCUUCAUUCUCUGAGCAGGAAGUUUCCACCAUCAGUCAGAUACAGGAGAUUGUUCCUCUCAGAGUUUAUCAAACGGCAGGAGGCCACUAAUUGUGAACCCCUGGAUGAGCUGUACGAUGCUCUGGCUGAGGUGGUUGGAGCUAAGGAGACAACUGAGUGCUACAAGAGUUACUUACUGCCUUGUGGUGAUGCUGUUAGUCUGCUGGAAAAUGUUGCUGUGAUCUCAGAAGGAACCACUGGCCUGGUCACCUGGGAGGCUGCACUCUACUUAGCAGAGUGGGCUCUGGAUCACCAGCAGGUCUUUACAGACAGGACGGUCCUGGAGCUUGGCAGUGGUGUGGGAUUAACUGGUAUCACCAUCUGCCGCUCCAGCAGGCCAAAGAAAUUUGUCUUUAGUGACUGUCACUCCACAGUCUUGCAGAAGUUAAGAGACAACCUAGAACUGAAUGGACUCACUAGGCAAAGGUCUCCUGCUAUUAGUGUGGAAGAGUUGGACUGGAGGACAGUGACAGACGAACACAUAAAACAUUUAGAUGCAGACGUUGUGAUCGCUGCAGAUGUGGUGUAUGACCCAGAUAUCGUAGAAAGUCUGGUGAAAAUUUUGUCCAGCAUCCUAAAGGUUUUGUCUUCUGAGGUCCUCAUCUGCUCAACUAUAAGGAACCCAGAGACCUACAGAGUCUUCAAACAGCAGCUGGAAAAAGCAGGAAUCCGCCACCAUGUCAUCACAGAACCCAUCACCCACACGUUUCCUUACAGCAGAGUGUCCUCCAUAGAAAUCAUUCAACUGUACAGAUGACACCACUGAGGCCUUAAUAAAACUUUUAUUUACAAAUGUACAUCAUAUGAAAGUUAUCUUGUGGAAAAGAAGGAGUUUUGUUGCGACUGUGUGUCGUUGCAGAAUCACAAUGCAGAAUCACAUUUUGUCCUACACAAGUGUGACUAGUUAUCAUGAAGCAGUAAUCAGAGGCAGAACAUUUUGGUCCCAGUUGUCAUUCCAGCUCUGUCCUCUGUUAGCUCGAAGGUUCUUCCUGAACAAACCCAGUCUGCCAUCAGAACGGGGAAAUGUUGCGAACAAAUCCUGAAAAAGCAAAAAUGACAAAUCCUCAAUUAUUUAAAGGUGGCCUGAGUAGAAGAGCAUGUACCGAAACACAUAAAGCUCAGCAUGUUUAGGCCUUGGUUUCUCACCUUGAGCUGCUCUGCAAGUUCCUGGGAAUCUUUGAAGAUCAACCCGUUUUCCUCAUGUUUCACUAGUUCAUGCAAACUAUGAAGAAAAGGAGAAACACAACCUUCGUCAAUCUCUCUUUAUCAACCCACUUUGAAAAAUAUUACUGUGUUAAUAGUCACCUUAUUGUAAUCUAAUUUAAGAAUAUGUCCUUCCAGUAUUAAUAUAAAUAUUAUAUUUCAGAAAGUAUUGUGAUAUGUGAUCGUUGGAUGAAACAAAUGACUACAGUGUUACCAGUACUGGGUGAGAAAGUUGAAUCUGCUGUGGGGGAGUUGUAAACAGAUGGCACCAUGCUCACCAGCUGAAGUGGAUGGCACAGACAGGAAGGCAGCAGCCAAACAUGUCCACCACCUUCAUGGGCAGAUCCAGACCACUGGAUGACUUGUGGAGACACACACCCAGAUCUGCUGAGCCU